AUGACAGUCCGCUCUGCUCGGCUUCUGCCUGUUCCCUACUUGAACUGCGUCGGUCUGGGUCCAGGCAAUGGGCCCAUCCAACGUGGUCCACAUAUUGAGGGAUUUAAUGUCGUUCAGCGAGCUACGACGAAUUCCCCUGAGGACGCUAGGAGAAGCGAGGCAGUAGCAAGUACUAGGUGCCUUCGUCGCCCCUCCAGUAACCGGCUCUGGCGGAUGCAUCUCGUAUGCCAAGAGAGGCGAGGGGCGGCGGCAUUGCUGGCGGCCACCCUGGCAGCCGGACUGCUGGGAGUUAGCCACCAGAUGCCGCUCUCGUGGUCGGAUACGGCGAUUCCGCAGACCCUCUGUCGGGAUGGUCAUACCAACGGCACGAAUGGCACCAACGGCACGAAUGGCAGCCAUCAUGCUUCCAAGACGGUAGCGCUGCCAAAGGAUCUGAGCUCAGCAUUGGACCUUCUGGAGAAGGAAGCGGGAGAGCUGGGAGGAAUGAUUGACAGCUCCAUCUUGGAUCAUUUCCUGCGCAUCAAGCGCUUCGAGGUAGCAUGCUUGGCACAGAAGUCGGAAGCGGAUGUACGCAGGCUCCUGGCCGAGCUGUUCUAG